UUCUGCGCUUGCGCAGAGAUAGCAGUCGCGAGGUGGGAAAAUUCAUUCUAUCGUUUUUGUGCUAACUUCUGACAUAAACAUGAAUUUUAGGAAACGUUUGUAACAAAACGGAUCGGAACUGAAACUACAUCAGCCUCAAUCACUUAAUCUCCCCUUUUCCCAUGAUCUUGUGAUCUAGUGUCUCCAGCUGCACAGGGCUGAGCUCUGCUGCGCUGCACUUCUGGAACACUUCCAGUGGCUCACCUGUUCGUACAGCAUGAAGAUUGCAGUGGAAGGCUGUUGCCAUGGAGAGCUGGAUAAGAUCUACGAAACAAUUGGCUAUCUGGAGAAGAAGGAAGGGGUAAAAGUGGACCUGCUGCUCUGCUGUGGAGACUUCCAGGCUGUGCGAAAUGAAGGGGACAUGAAAUGCAUGGCAGUACCAGCCAAGUACAGAAUGAUGCAGACCUUUUAUAAAUACUAUUCAGGUGAAAAGAAGGCUCCAGUUCUGACUAUUUUCAUUGGAGGGAACCAUGAGGCUUCAAAUCACUUACAGGAGCUGCCGUACGGAGGCUGGGUGGCUCCCAACAUUUAUUAUUUAGGAUAUGCCGGCAUUGUUCGUUUCAAGGGGGUUCGAAUCGGUGGUAUAUCUGGCAUCUUUAAAUCACACGACUACAGAAAGGGUCACCAUGAAUUCCCUCCAUACAAUCCUGAAACCCUUCGAAGUGUUUACCACACCCGAAAUAUUGAAGUGUUCAGAUUAAAACAGAUCCAGAUGCCCAUUGACAUUUUCAUUAGCCACGAUUGGCCCCGAGGAAUCUAUCACUACGGAAAUACAGGGGAACUUUUGCGAAAGAAGAAGUUCCUUCGACAAGACGUGGAGUCCAAAACUUUGGGGAGUCCUGCUGCUGAGGAGCUUCUGGCUCACCUCCAGCCCAGCUACUGGUUCUCUGCACAUCUGCAUGUCAAAUUUGCUGCAAUUAUGCACCAUCAGCCUAAAGGGAACUCACCACCACGUGUAACCAAAUUCCUGUCCCUUGAUAAAUGUCUACCCUACAGAGAGUUCUUACAGAUCGUGGACGUUCCAGAGAGACCGGGUUCAUCUGAAGGUCUUGAGUAUGAUCCAGAGUGGCUCGCUAUUCUCAAGGCCACUAACCAUCUCCAAAGGGUAACCCAUCACGCCUGGAAUCCCCCUGUGAAUAAUGGCCUGCAUGAACGGUGGGACUUCAGGGCUUCAGAAGCAGAUCUGAUGAAGGUUGUGGAGGAUUUCAGUGGUGAACUUGCCAUUCCAGACAACUUCAGCAAGACUGUGCCGGUCUACGACCCUAGCAAACCCCAGCCCCACACUGCCCCCAGCUGCAGUAUCAACCCACAGACCACCGAGCUCUGCGCCACACUGGGACUCACAGAUAUCUACGCCCUGGCUGCACAGGGAGGAGACAAGUCCAGGAGAGGUCAGGGAGGAGAGGAGGAUGAUGAAGAUAGACAGAGUGAAGAGAGCACAGGCGAGCCUAGCGAGUACCCGACAGAUACUUCAGGAUUGUCCAGUUCAUUUAACCCCGAUGAGAUUACCAUAGAGGACGAGUGGGAGGAAGAGGAAGGAGCAGCGGAGGCAGACUGUAACACAAAGGCAGAGAUGAAGGGAGGUAAGAUUCCCUUUGUGGCUACAGGUGACAUCCACACCCCGAGCCGUUUGGUUCUCCCCAAACCAAAGUCUGAUUUUUCCCCAAAUCAGCUGCCAGACCUCAUGAACCUCCCCCCUCCCUCACACUCCACCCCAGCAAUCCCACGCUCUUACCCUGCAGCAGAAAAGGAGGGACACUGGGAAGGCGAGGAGGAGGAUGUUGCAGCUGUACGAUUCCUUAAACGUACCAGUGACGAGAGCAGAGAUCCUGGCAGCAGAGGGACAACUCCCAUUAUCAAACGCAGGAACCAGGUCAUCUAUACGACAGUGGAGGACGAGGAGGGGGAGGAUUAGAGGGGGAAAGAUGAGGACUCAUUUCUGACAAAGAGGAUACAUUCUCCACAGAUUUGACUGAUUUGUUAAAUCUAAUUUAUCUUUUUAGUUCCUGUCUUUUAAAUAAAAAACAGAGAGGUACAGCUUUAUUUAACCACCCUCUUAAAAAAAACAGACCCACAAAAAUGUGUUUAUGGACUAAGUUUCUUUAAAAAGAGAGAUAAAAAUGUUGUCUCUUUGUUAAAUUUUGAUUUUUAUGUAUUUUAAUCGAACAAGGGACAUUUUAGCAACCAGAUUUUUCAAUUUAUUUUUUAUUUGUAAACAGUUGCAGACACUGAAACAGCUGUAAAUGUUCUUUUUAAAACAUGAAUUAAUGGCUCCUAGCCCUGCUGUACAGUUGUUUGUAAAACUGCUCAAAAGUUUUAAUAAAAAGUUUAAUUUCA